AUGUGGUUCGAGACGCGACAAAAGCGCAAGAAAGUCGCAACGGGCAGUCGCCCGUUGCAGCCUGCGCAGCCAAUAUCUCCACCACCCCCAUACGCUAUACAUACUGUUCAACAUGCUUCGUAUGGCGGGUAUGGACCAGUUGUACCAGUACCGUACCUUCCGCCCCGAGCACCGUCCUACCCUGUCUAUCAGCACCCGCAACAUGCCACAACAACACUGACGUUGCCGACGAACACCUCGUGUCCACUCGUCAACGCGACAGCCGGAUGCUACAACAAGAACGUUGGCCUGUAUGAUGCUGUGGCAGAUAAGUUCUGUGAUGUAAUAUCACAAAUUGACGAAGACGAAUUCGGUGGAGGAGCUAGCGAUUUGUGUGUCCGGAUACCCAACAUUGACACACACGAGGGAUACAGUGCCGACCGCAGACUGGUGCACUUCCAGAAGCCAGUCUCGGAGAAGAAGUCUAAAGAGAAAUCGGUUGAGGUCUUCUCUAAGCUCGACCUAUACCUCAAUUCGACGCUGCCAGCGUCACUUCCGCCCCUACAGCUGUACAUACCAACGUACCCCCUGCUUUGCUUGGCUGCUGAAUAUGCAGCCACGGCGUAUCGGCAACCGGCAUCCUCGGCUGAGAAGAAGUACUUCGUCUCCGCUGAUGGCAGGACUGGAACGAAGGCCAUGGUCGUGAAGUCGGUACCAUGCGAUGACAGAAGAACAAUAGUGUUCGCCAUACGAGGCACUAGUGUUUUGAGUCUCCGAGAUUGGGGCAUCAAUUUGAAGACUGAUCCGGUAACACCGCAGGGCUUCCUUGAUGACGAGGGCAACCUCUGUCACGCCGGGUUCCUCAAAGUCGCAAAAGCUAUGGUCCGGCCAAUAGCCGCCCGUCUUCGAGACAUUCUCCAGGAGAAUCCGGACCGCGCACAUUGCUCACUCCUCAUAACAGGCCAUUCUGCUGGAGGCGCGGUCGCGAGCCUACUCUUCGCUCACAUGCUCUCAUCGACAGUGCAUUCAGAGCUCAACACUCUCACCAACUGCUUCAAGAGAGUGCAUUGUGUCACGUUUGGAGCUCCACCGAUAAGCCUACUGCCUCUACAAAAGCCGAACUCUGCCGAUUCAAGAAUCCGGAAAUGCCUCUUCCACUCGUUCAUGAAUGAGGGCGACCCAGUGGUUCGAGCAGAGCCUGCUUAUGUAAGGUCGCUGGUCGAUCUACUUGCGGCACCCAACUCAUCCUCGAAUGGUCAAGUCACAACACAGAGUCAAACGAUGAAGCCAAUGGCAUCACUCGCUACCUUGGGAGCAAGCAUGUCUCGCUUGGACCUUUCUUUGAAGCCGAUGAAGUCCAAGCAGAAUCUCAAGAAAGCUCACAAACAGAAGCUUUGGUGGGAUGUUCCGGCUUCUACGCUCUCAAAUGCCGGUCGGCUUGUCGUGUUAAGAGUUCCGAAAGGUGUAAGCGAAGCUCAAGGUAUUGGCGCAUAUGUGGUCAGUGAUGAAGAUUUGAGGCGGGUUGUAUUUGGCGACCCAAUUAUGCAUCAAAUGGCAGCAUACAGAAGACGAAUCGAGGCGCUCGCGUUCAGAGCAGUCACUGGCAAGUUGUGUUCUUGA